AUGCUGCUCUUGGUCCCUUCAUUACGACGGCCAAUCUUCAACGGCGUUGUAGAAAAGCCAUAUCCUUGGUCAACGUCUGCUUUCCCUCACCUGAGAUCUAGAAUUUCAACAGAGAAACCCCCAAGCUUCCCUGGUUGCCGUGAGCCUGUGGCCAUGUCCAUGGAGCUUCCACCGUCCUUCAAGGGGCAUGUGGUGGCCCUGCCUUUCCCCACCAGAGGGCACGUCAAUCCCUUAAUCCAUCUCUGCAAAUUUCUCGCUUCGAGACGGCCCUGCGAUGUUAUCAUUACCCUUGUCGUCACCCAAGAGUGGCUCGGCUUCAUCCAAUCCUAUCCUAAGCCCCACACUAUCCGCUUCGCCACCAUCCCCAACGUCAUCCCCUUGGACGCCCAAAUCCUCGACGAUGUUCCUUCUUUCACCGAAGCCGUCGCCACCAAGAUGAGACCUGCGCUCGAGCAGCUUCUCGAUCAGCUUCAUCCGCCGGUUACUGCGAUCGUCUCUGAUGCUCAGCUGGCCACAAACCUUAGGAAUGUUCCGGUGGCUCUGUUGUGGACCAUGUCGGCGUCGUUCUUUGAAACUUUCCGAUUGGGCAAAACUGAUUGUCUCCUCCUCAAUACCAUCCAAGAGCUAGAGGCCGAACGAAUAAAUUAUCUAAAAGCUAUACUCCCCUUUCGUGUCUAUCCCAUAGGCCCUGCCAUACCUUUUAUGGAGCUCGAUUCAUCCGCCAGUAACGUUGACCAUAUAACAACAUGGCUAGAUUGUCAGCCAAAUUUGUCAGUACUGUACAUUUCUAAGGGUAGUUCGUUUUCCAUGUCUCGUCCCCAGAUGGAAGAGCUUGCUGCAGCUCUGAAAACCUGUGAGAUUCGUUUUCUGUGGGUGGGUCGUUCAGAUGCAGAGUGGCUGAAAGAGAAAUGUGGAGAUAAUGGUCUGGUGGUGCCAUGUUCUCGAACUGCAGAAGUGUGGAAGAAUGGGAGGAAGGUGGGUGGUGAUAGAUCAGAGGAUUUGGUAACUGAAGAAGAAAUAUUGGAAGUGGCUAAGAUGGUGGCGGAUGUGGAGAACGAGGAAUGGAAGAAGAUUAAAGAGAGAGCAAAAGAUCUGAAGGCGUUAUUUCGCGGAGCGAUUGCCAGAGGAGGUUCGUGUUCGUCUGACAUGAAUAUGAAUGCCUUUGUGGAGACAUCGUCGAGGGAUAAAGAUGUGUAUUUUGACGUUCAUGUCAACCAGUCUUGA